CGUGUGGGCGGGAACGGGAGCGGGCGCUGGGAUAUACCCGGGUUAUCCCGGGGCUAUCCCGGAUUAGCCCGGCGCGGAGCUGCUUCUUCCCAGCCCUGCCCCAGAGUGAACAUAGAGAAAAGUAUACGGGAGACAAGAAAAAAGGACUGAAUAUCUUGGCUCAGAAAACAUGUUCAAAGCCUCAGCUACCGUGCUUGCUGUCUGUGUGGCUGAGAAAGGUGCAGAAAUGAUAUACAACGAAUUCAGAAGGAGAAAGAAAGAGAAAACCAACAAGGUCCUGGAAUCCAUGAUAAUCGAGGCCUUCCAGGAGCUCAACAAUAAAAUAAAAGCUCUGCAUGAAGAUUUCAAAAAAUUAGAGGAGUCCACAAAGCAUGAGGUUCAGAUAAUCAGAGCAGAGCUGGAGGAGAACCCAGGAAACAAAGAGAUGGCAUUUGUAUGGGCCCUGGAAUCAAUGUUGAAGAAGAACCUCCAGCAGCUCUCCCAAAGGCUUCAGAUUCUGGAAGAAGAUGUACAGGAAUGGCCAGAGACCACAAAGCAUGAACUUCAGCUUUUCAGAGGUUACCCAGAGAACAGAGGAAAGAAGGAGAAAGAAAUUAAAAGGGCCCUGGAAUCAUUGUUGAAAAAGAAGUUCCAGCAGUUCUCCCACAAAAUUCAAACUCUGGAAAAAGAAAUGCAGGAAUGGCCAGAGACCACAAAGCAUGAACUUCAGCUUCUCAGAGGUUACCUGGAGAAGAACCGAGGAAAGAAGGAGGAGGAAAAUUCAAGGGCCCUGCAAUGCAGAAUGGAGACAUUACUUCAGGAGCUUUCCCAAAGAUUUCAAACUCUGGAACAAGCGUUACAGUUGAGACAGGCAUUCCCAUAUCAUGAGUUCCUGCUUUUCAGAGCAUACCUGGAGAACAACCAAGCAUGGCAUCUUUCUCCUCAAGAAUGCCCACCUGGAUUUCAGGUCUGGUUGGAGUUCUUGCUGGUGAACAACCAAGCAUCCCAGUGCCUCAGGCUUUGUUCCCUUUGGAGGACGGUCCAGGACUCCUGGAUGUUUCCCCACUCUGAGAAGCAGCGUUUCACUCCAGGAGAAUAUCAUCACUUCGGGCAGAGGCUUGGGCUGUGUCUGAGAACAUGGGGACCUAGGAAGCCUCAGAAAAUCCAUCUAUUGCCUGCUUUUCCCUUUUCCCCAGAGACAUUUUAGAAAUACAACUUUACAGCUCUUCCCUAUGCUAUGAGGAAGCACUGGGAAGAUGAUGGAGUUGAGUCUUCAGUGCAGCUCUGGAAAGCACAUUCCCCCCUCUCAGAGAGCUGCUUGGAGAAGAACAUGCCCAGGAAAGGGUGAUUUGAUGACGUUUUUCACUGUCAUGUGCUGCCCAAGGCCCUGCCUGUGCUUGUCAGGAGCCCUCACAGCUCUGGGCAGCCAGCCAGCACUGCCACUGCAGCCCCAGCUCCCACUCCUGCUUUGACCUCUUGGGCCUCUCAGGAAAAGUGUCUGGAGCUCGUCUUGCUCCAGGUGACCCCAGCAGCUGGUUCUUCUUUCAGUCUGAGCUGAGCUAGAGGACCACAUCUGAUGCCAUUGCACCUUGCUUAACUCCUGCCAGGGAUGAACCCUUUCCUGAUGAGUGUGGAAAUCUGAGACAAGAAACCCUUAUCCUUGUGGAAGUGUAUCACUCUUCCACUCUAAUCUGUGUGGAAGCAUUAUCCUAGACUGGUGCUCUGCUGUUACUGAGGAGUAACUGCUUAAAGAUUGAAAAUCACCUUCUUCAGACUUUGCUAAGGAGUUGGUCCUUACAGCUGUUGUGGUUUAACCCCAUCCAGCAGCCAAGCCCCACACUUGGGGCUACUCACUGACUCCCCCACCAGCAGGAUCAGGGUGCAAAUUGGAAAGAUAAAAGUGAAAAUACUCAGGGGUUGGGGUAAAGACAGUUUAGUAGGGAAAGCAAAAGUCAGGCACUCAAGGAAAGCAAAGCAAAACACCUAUUCCCAUGGGCUGGCAGGAACUCAGCACCUCCAGGAGAGCAGGGCCCCAUUCCAUGGAACUUGAGAAGACAAACACCACCACUCUAAAUGUUCCCCACUUUCCAUACUGAGCAUGUUGUAUUAUGUAUGUUGUCUUAUGUCUAUGUCCUAGCUGUGUCCCCUCCCAACACCUCAUCUCCCUAGCAUGGUCAUAUGAGAAGCAGAAAAGGCCUUGGCCCUGUGUGGCCAGUGCUCAGCAAUAACAAAAACAUCUCCAUUAUCAUCCCUGUGUUCAGCACAAGUCCCAAAGACAGCCCCACACCAGGCACUGGGAAGAAAAUUGACCCUGUCCAAACCAGCACACAGGACUGAUAGAGACUUGCUGAUUUCUCAUAAUAUGUGGGUAAAUCUGUAAUUAGCUAACAAAAUGUUUUUAAGACCUUUUUGCCUGUAGUGGUUUUGGUUUGCUAAUUUAAGAUUUCCCGGUCAAUGCACCAAUUAGUGUGAUGGGUUCAGUGCUCACUAAUCACCAGUGCACUCACUAGAAUAUACUUACUCAUUUUCUGCUGUGAGAGAAGAUUAGGAGACAGGCAAAGCAGGCUCAAAACUUUAAAAGGAUACAAAGGAAAGUUUAGUAGCAGUAACUAAGAGUACUAAGAAUCAGAACAAAGCUUUAAGAGCACUUCUCCUCUCCCUGCAACUUUUCCUUUCCUAUUGGCAAUGCAAAGAGACAAAACUUAACAUUUUCAGUCAGUUUACCACCUCUAGAAUAGUCUUCUUUCAGUUCACUUAGGGAGAGAAGUCCCUCUUGUUAAUCUUAUGGCGACAUCUCCACAAGAAAAACAGCUCUCUUGUGGCUCUCAAUUUCUACGAAUAGCAGCUACCCCGGGGAAAUCUGCAAUCAUGAAGUCCCUCCCAUUUUCCACAAGCUUUCCCACAGCUGUGUUUAUGGGCCAUGUCAGCUUAUGGGGUACUGUUUUAAAGAUGGGCUCUUCAAAAGCAGGAGUUCUCUUUAUCUAUCUCUAAAAUCAUCUUCAUUUCUGGGAACAGAGAUCUGCUUCUCUCCCUGGGGCCACAGGGUCUUCAUCACUCUUCUCUCUCUGUUCAAAUUCUCAUAGGAUCACAACUACUUCAACAUUUGCUUGCUUUAGCAUGGAGGCUUUUGCCAAACAAGUUAUCUCCCUAUACUUGCUAAUGUGUUACAGGGGAAAAAGUCUGAAUGUAUCAAUUGCAUUAGUCUCCAUAGCUUUGCAAUAGGAUUUCAGCUCCAAGAUCAAGGCAUCUCCUCAGCCCUGCUAUCUGGGACUUUACUCUUUGUUCACUGGCCUUGAUGCCUUUGUGUUGCUCCUCUACAUUGUCUGCAUUUUCUUUUCUCUCACUGGAGGGAGAAUUGAAGCACUGAAAGAGUUACUAUCUCGCCCGGGGCCUGCAAAUGGUCA